UUACACUAGCGGUAGAGUGAGGAGUUGGCUAUGGUUGAGUUUCUAACCUAUAACACUUCCAUUAUAAAUUUAUGAUGAUUAUUUAACAGUAAAUGAAUUGUAAUAUUGAACAGUAUCCCUCUUUGUUUUAGUAAUAUUUCAGUAAAUAGUUAUUAUUAGUGCUGUGCUUCUAAGAUACUUAUUUUCUAGGUUGUAACUGUUACAAAAAUGGUUAACCUUUAUUCUGAUUCUGUUAAAUAUCUUUCACUGAUACCCUUAACGAUUGUGUUCAUCAUACUGUUAAUUGUUCUAACUAAGAAACGCAAUCGUAAGCAAGGAAUACCUCAGGAGGUUAUUGAAGAAAGAAUUAGAAACUUUCAACCAAAACCCCUCAUUGAUCCUGAUAAUAUUGUAAAUGAUAAUACUUUAGAAAGACUUCAGCCAAACGAGUCUGACCCUGACUGUUUAAAUUUAGUAAAGGUAAACUAUUAUUGCUUUCUUGAUAAUUUGGAUAUUCGCAGAAGUGCAGAAACAUGCAUUAAGAAGUAUGGAGUUGGUUCUUGUGGCCCUAGAGGUUUUUAUGGUACAAUAGACAUUCACCUCCUAUUAGAAGAUCGUUUAGCUAAAUUUAUGCAAAUGGAAGAAGCUGUACUUUACUCAUAUGGUUUUUCAACUAUAGCAAGUGCAAUAGGUGCUUACUGCAAAAAAUCUGAUUAUAUAUUUGUAGAUGAAAAUAUAAGUUUUUGUGCAAAGCAAGGAUUACUAGCAACUAAAGGCAGAGAAAUCUAUUUCAAACAUAAUGAUGUUAAUGAUCUGGAAGCUAAAAUGCACUCCAUAAGUCAGUUGGAAGAUAAAGACAAAAAUCAAAAGAAAAAGAUAUUUAGAAAAUUCAUAAUAAUUGAAGGUAUUUAUGGUGCUACAGGUCAAAUUUGUCCCCUUCCUGAAAUUUUAACAUUGUGCAAGAAAUACAAGGUCCGCAUCUUUAUUGAUGAGACCUAUUCUUUUGGUGUAUUAGGGACAACUGGAAAAGGAGUGACUGAACAUUUUGGUGUUGAUAGAUCUGAAGUAGAUAUGAUAAUGGGAAGUUUGGAAGGUGCUUUAGGUUCAAUAGGAGGCUUUUGUGUGGGGGCGUCAGUCAUCAUAGAGCAUCAAAGACUGUCUGGUCUUGGUUACUGUUUUUCUGCAUCUUUGCCACCGUUCCUGUGCCAGGCUUCCUUAUGUGCCUUAGACAAAUUAGAGCAGUGUCCAGAAUAUAUUUCAACUUUGAAAGACGUCUCAGUUUCUGUUAAUAAUGCAUUAUCCAACUUGAAAGGAUAUACUAUCCUUAAUUCUGAUAUCUCACCUGUUAAGGUGUUGACUUUAUCCAAAAGCUUUUCACGUGAAGAAAGAAUCAGCAAUGUUAAUAAAAUAUACACAUAUUGCGCACAAAAGGGUUUAUAUUUAGACCUUGUUGAUAUGGGUUUGAGAUUACACUGCCACAUGCAAAUGCCAGACCCAGCUAUCGAUAGAAUUAAAGAUACACUAAGUGAUGCACUGAAAAUUAUUUAAAUAAUGUUAUAAGUAACGCUACAAAGUUGCAUCACAUUAUAAUCAUUCCUGUUGUGUUCAUCUUAUUUUUUCUUUUUUUCGUGUUACUUCUGAUCGUGUUCAGAAUUAGAGUUUAAAAAUGAUAAUGUUUAUUAGUAAUGUUUUGUUUUAUGUUUUAACUAAACGUUCGAAUUAAUGUUACAUGCGUUCUCAAGUUAAUAAAUAAAAUGUUUGAAUUAUA